AUGGACUUCCAGGACGUUCAAGACUGGAAGAGCAACGAAUUGAGCAAGGCUGACUAUGGGCGUAUGCCAUGGCAUGAUGUAGCCAUGGGUGUCAUCGGACCUUGUGUCUAUGAUAUUGCAGAGCAUUUCGUAUUGCGCUGGAACUUCGUCAAGCGUGACAAAUAUAAGCGCGACGACCGUUUCGACUGGCUUACUCUCGAGGGCCGUGAAGGUGAAGAUGAGGAUUUGAUCGGAGUCCAGAGGCCUAAGCAUCCUGUUGGAGAAUAUAUUCACCACCCCAUCUCGCCGAUGAACGACAAGACUGGUAGACCAGACCCCAACAAUAUCCAAGGUAGUGUUCACGCGCAAAUUGUGCGUAGCAGUGCAGAUUGGUCAAGUGGUAUCUUGACCGAGCACAGUAUCCAGAACGCAUACUGUGAGAUCAUCAGAAACGCUCAGCACCUUGUCUACAUCGAAAACCAGUUCUUCAUCACUUCGACUGGAGAAGAACAAGCACCCAUCCACAACCAGAUUGGUAAGGCCAUUGUUGAUGCUUGUGUCAGAGCAGGCAAGGAGGGACGCAAGUUCAGAGUCAUCAUCGUCAUUCCAGCUAUUCCUGGAUUUGCUGGCGACCUGAGAGAUAAUGCUGCUGCCGGAACCAGGUAA